GCAAUAGCAACAGUAGUAGAGCAGUACACCAGUGGUCCCUGACUGUGAUCAUGUCAUUCUCCAAAAGGAUUUCAUACUCUCCUCUCCUUUUAUAUCUCUUUCUCUCUCUCAAAAGUUGCAGUGAGUGAGAUGAUCAAUAAGUGUACUUCUCCAUCUCACCUCAUUUCUGUUCAAUUUCAAAACAACUCUCAAACAAUGGAGGCGCUACAAUUAUUAUCCACGCCCCAACCUCACUUACUGAACCUCCCUCGCCACCACCACACAUUCAUCCGUCGCACUACUCUUCAACCUAACUCUUUCAUCGCUGCCGCAAUUUCCAAACCUGCAGAGAUACUUUCCUCUCUUCCUUUGCAUUCUUCCGUUGUGUCUCCUCCUCUUCCUCCUCUGUGCAAAGUUUCGCCCGAUUCACUUCAGUAUCCACCAGGUUAUGUUGGAGAUGUUCUGGAUAGGUCAUAUUCCGAUGACAGCAACGGCUUAACAAGUCCUAUGAGUUAUUUGACCAAUAUACUAACUUCUAAGGUUUAUGAUGUUGCUAAAGAAUCUCCUCUUGAAUUGGCGCCAAAACUUUCCGAAAGUCUUGGUGUUAACAUUUGGCUUAAGCGCGAAGAUCUUCAACCCGUAUUCUCAUUUAAGCUACGUGGAGCAUAUAAUAUGAUGGCUAAACUUCCAGAGGAAGUUUUGAAGAAAGGGGUUAUAUGUUCUUCAGCCGGAAAUCAUGCUCAAGGAGUUGCCUUGUCUGCCAAGAGAUUGAAUUGCAACGCCGUUAUUGCAAUGCCCGUUACCACUCCUGACAUCAAGUGGAAAUCUGUGGAGAGGCUGGGUGCUACGGUUGUCCUUAUUGGAGAUUCCUAUGAUGAAGCACAAGCAUAUGCUAAGAAGCGUGCUAUAGAGGAGGGUUGUACAUUCAUACCUCCUUUUGAUCAUCCAGAUGUCAUUAUGGGUCAGGGAACUAUAGGGAUGGAAAUUGUGCGACAGAUGAAGGGUCCGAUUCAUGCAAUCUUUGUGCCUGUGGGAGGUGGUGGUCUCAUUGCUGGUAUUACCGCUUACGUGAAGAGAACCAAUCCACAGGUGAAGAUUAUUGGGGUGGAACCCACUGAUGCAAAUGCAAUGGCUUUGUCGCUUCAUCAUGGCUACAGAGUGAUUUUAGAUCAGGUUGGAGGAUUUGCAGAUGGCGUGGCUGUUAAAGAGGUUGGUGAAGAAACUUUUCGCUUGUGCAAGGAGUUGGUAGAUGGCAUUGUUCUUGUAAGCCGUGAUGCAAUUUGUGCAUCAAUAAAGGACAUGUUUGAGGAAAAAAGGAGCAUAUUAGAACCAGCAGGCGCGCUUGCUCUUGCUGGAGCUGAGGCAUAUUGCAAGUAUUAUGGGCUCAAGGGGGAAAAUGUUAUAGCAAUAACCUCAGGAGCAAACAUGAAUUUUGAUAAACUUAGGAUCGUAACCGAGCUUGCUAAUGUUGGUCGUAAAGAAGAAGCUUUGCUAUUAACUAUCAUGCCGGAGGUGCCUGGAAGUUUCAAACGGUUUUGUCAAUUGGUAGGGCAGAUGAAUAUCACAGAAUUCAAAUACAGAUAUAAUUCCAAGGAGAAAGCUGUUGUCCUUUACAGUGUUGGGGUUCACUCACCCUUAGAACUAAAAGAAAUUCAGGAGAGAAUGGAAUCUUCUAAGCAUGUAACUCACAAUCUCUCAGAUGUAGACUUGGUGAAAGAUCAUUUGCGUCACAUGAUGGGAGCCCGACCGGAUAUACAGAACGAGGUUCUUUAUCGUUUUACAUUUCCAGAAAGACCCGGUGCUUUGAUGGAAUUUUUGGACUCCUUCAGUCCACGAUGGAAUAUCACUUUGUUCCAUUAUCGUGCACAGGGUGAAACUGGAGCAAAUGUUUUAGUUGGAAUGCAGGUUCCAAUCAGUGAGAUGGAUGAAUUUCAUGAUCAUGCCAACAGACUUGGUUACGAGUAUAAUGUGGUGAUUGAUGACCUUUUCUUCCAGCUGUUAAUGCACUGAUCAAUUGAUUAUUUUAGGCACUUUAAGAUGUAUUCAGAGUUAUGUACCGAUAAAAAAAAGAUUUAUUCAGAGUUUGGUUGAAUGGUAAAAAUCAUCAGUUAUAUAUAUUAAUCACUCAAAGAUCUAUUCACAUA